AUGCGAUCAAAUGACAGUCCUUAUCAAGGUGGAAUAUUUUUCUUGACAGUUCACUUCCCAAGAUUAUCCCCUUCAAACCACCAGGUUGCAUUUACAACAGGAGUCUGUCACCCAAAUAUUAGCAGUAAUGCCAGCAUUUCUUUUGAAAUUCUGCAAUCACAGUUGUCUCCAGCACUAACUAUUUCAAAAAUACUUUUGUCCAUCUGUGUUCUCUGUUGCGAUCCCAAUCUAGAUGGUCUUUUAGUGCCUGAGAUCGCAAUUCGACAAAAUAGAGAAAAGUACAGCAGAAUAGCUUUGGAGUGGACUCACAAGUAUGCAAUCUAA